AUGUGGAGUUGGUUUGGCGGGGGCGCCGCCCAACGCAAAGACACGCCCAAAGAUGCCAUUCUCGGGUUGCGGUCGCAUCUCGACAUGCUUCAAAAGCGUGAGAAGCAUCUGCAGAACCAAAUAGACGAGCAGCAAAACAUUGCCCGCAAGAACGCAAACACAAACAAGAACGUGGCCAAGGCGGCCUUGCGACGCAAGAAGACGCACGAACACGCUCUGGACCAGACGAUUGCGCAGAUAGGGACGCUCGAGCAGCAAAUCAACUCGAUCGAGUCGGCCAACAUCAACAGAGAGACACUGGCGGCCAUGGAAAAGGCCAGCCAUGCGAUGAAGCAGAUCCACGGCAAGCUCACGCCCGAAAAGGUCGACGAGACCAUGGAGAAACUACGGGAUCAAAACGCACUCAGCGAAGAGAUUGUCACGGCCAUUACGGGGGCGUCGAUCACGGAUCCAAUCGACGACGGCGAACUCGAAGACGAGCUGGACCAGCUUCAGCAGGAGCAGCUGGACGAAGCCAUCUUGAAGACGGGAAAUGUGCCCGUCUCGGAUGCCGUGCACACGAUGCCAUCGCCGGCCAACGCGGAGCCCGUGUCAAACAGAAGGGCGGCAGAGGAGGAGGACGACGAAGAGGCGGAGCUGCGGAAGCUACAAGCCGAAAUGGCCAUGUGA